AGCGCAGCGACGGUCACUGAAGCCAGCAGCAGCCAGCCGCAGGGGAUUCUUCCUCUUUCUGCAGCGGGGGAGAGAGGAAAGCCUAGUGGCGCUCGGGGGACUGGCCAGGUCGAGGGCGCGCAGCUGUGUCUGCGCUCAGGAGAGCGAGCGAAGCAGCGAGCGCGCCAGGGAGCAGGGCCCCGAGGGCUCGGCUGGGCGGGCCGGUGGCGGCGCUCGCCUGGGCGCUUGGGCGCCGUCGCCGCUGCCUCUGUCGCCGCCCCUCGCCACCGCCGCCGCCGCCUUUAAAUACUCUGGCUUGGCGUCGCGCUGUUGCGGUGGUGGUGGUGGUGGUUGUGGUGGCGGCGGCGGCGGCGGCGGCGGCGGCGGCGGGAGCGGGAGCGGCUCCUCCAGUGCGGGCUGGGCAGGGAGAGUGCUUUUCGGCGUUGGCAGCAGCGGCACCGGCUGCGGCUCACCAUGAAGGCUGCUGCUGCUCUGCUCACAGUGCUCGCCACCCUGCUCCUCUUCCUGUACCUUCUGUGGCUCACAACCGAAGGGCCCUUGAGCUCCAGGGACUGGAAAGGCGAAGCCAAGAAAGUCGUCAACUUUACCCCUGAAAUGCCUGGAAAGCUCAGUUUCCCUUUUGCUCCGGGUUCCAACUUCAAAAACAGCAACCCAAAUGUGGUCAUGAAAAAGACACCAGUGACGAAAUGCAAAAACCUACGAGACCCAUUUUGGUCUUCAUUUACCAAAAAGAAAAGGUAUUCAGAAGAUUAUUACCUUCAACUUAUUACAAAUGUACAGAAAUGCAAAUGGCAACAGCAACCUGAAGAGCAAAAGAAAUUUAGGUCAAAGCUUGCUUCUUGCUGCGAUGCCAUGCAUAACUUUGUCAUUUCUCAAAAUAACACUCCACUUGGGAGUAACAUGAGUUAUGAAACUGAAAGGACCAGCUUCCCUAUUGAAAAGGGCAUUUUUCAGAUGCUGCCAGUGUCACAACCAUUUAUGGGGCGUUCUCGUAAUCAAUGUGCAGUGGUUGGAAAUGGGGGAAUCCUGAAGGACUCUCUCUGUGGAUCUGAAAUAGAUAAAUCUGACUUUGUUUUUAGGUGUAAUCUCCCUCCAGUCACAGGAAACUUUGUCAAAGACGUUGGCAAUAAAACCAGUCUGGUCACUGUUAAUCCUAGCAUCAUUCAGCAGAAGUAUGGUGCGUUAAAUAUAAAUAAAUCGACAUUUCUAGACAACAUGGCGGCCUAUGGAGAGGCAUUCCUUAUCCUGCCAGCAUUUUCUUUUAGGAGAAAUACUAAUACCUCUUUUGACGUGUACCAAGCACUCCAUGGUUUUAAGGCAAAGCAGAAGGCUAUAUUCUUUCAUCCCAAGUACCUGAAAAGCCUUGACCAGUUCUGGAGAACCAAAGGUGUAAAGGCAUUUCGAUUGUCCUCUGGCUUAAUGAUCAUAAGUGCUGCCAUCGAACUGUGUGAGAAUGUGAAGCUGUAUGGAUUUUGGCCUUUCUCUAAGACCACAAAUGGCAAGCCCAUCCGCCAUCACUACUAUGACAAUGUAUUACCGAAACCGGGCUUCCAUGCAAUGCCCAUAGAAUAUAGAGAAAUUCUCCAGCUUCAUGGGAAAGGCAUUGUCAAGUUACAGUUUAGUCAAUGUGAAUCACCCUCUUGAAUCAG